GCUCCAAUCCGUCAGUUUUGUUGUCAUCAGUCACAUUUACAAAUACAUUUGUUUUUUAUAUCCAACAUUUACCUCAAAAUUAGUUAUAUAUUGCAGUGUAUUUUUUUCGAUUCUGUCGAUUCCAGCGAAUGGAAAAAAUGUCGUACACAACAAGACUUCUGUGUUUAUGGAGCCGAUAUUAUUGGGUUCAUUGACAACUAGAGCUGUCGUGGCUGAUACUAUUUAGGUUAGAAACAAUAACCUCUUUAACAGCAUAAAAAAUUGUAGUUCAAUUGAUGAAAUUAUACCUCAUUGGGCCAUAUUGCCACGAGUCCCUCACGUCUGCUGCAAAUGAUCAUCAGAAUUUCCUCAGUUGAAUUAUCAAAAUCAAUUUGUGAAGCAAUUAAAUGGUGCUGACAGGUGCCAUGGAGAGAAGAAUUAAACUAAAGACAUUGAAUAGCCACAUUACUUGUAAAAUAUGCCGAGGCUAUUUGAUAGAUGCAACAACAGUUACAGAGUGCCUCCACACAUUUUGCAAGAGUUGUCUUGUCAAACAUCUGGAGGAAAAGAGCACGUGUCCAACAUGCCAAAUUGUUAUUCAUCAAUCACAUCCACUUCAGUAUAUAAGUUUCGACAGAACGAUGCAGGAUAUUGUUUACAAACUCGUUCCUGACUUACAAGAGAAUGAAAUCAAACGGGAACGAGAAUUCUACAGGGCCAGAGGUCUUGCUUGUCCUAAAGACGUACUACCAAAUGCUGGGGAAGUUCAGGAUGAGAAAUCCUCUGCUGAUGCUCAUGCAGAAGCCGAUUAUCAUAGAGCUGAUGAGCAGGUCAAUGUUUGCCUCGAAUGUAUAAAUGCAAGUCUGAAAACGCUGAAACGCCGAUUUAUCAGGUGUUCAGCUCAAGCAACCAUCACUCACCUCAAGAAAUUUAUCGCCAAAAAGGUUCUCAAUGGCAUGGAAAAAUAUCGCGAUAUUGAUAUACUGUGCAAUGACGAACUCCUAGGUAAAGAUCACACGUUGAAAUUCGUUUACGUGACACGAUGGAGGUUCCGGGAUCCACCUCUGAGGCUACAGUAUCGACCACGCAUAGAUAUAUAAAAACAAUAAGAACCUCUCAUACCAAUUUUUAUUUUCUUACCCAAUUCAGAAAUUUGGCAUUAGAAUCUACACUUUUUAUUGUUUGUCUAAUAUUGACGAGUACUUAUACUGGGUUCAUGAUAAUUAUGGAUUUUUUAAUGGUAGUAACAUUGUCAAAAUGCAGACUUUUCUUUUCUGUCAACGUGUGUCAUUUGUUGAUUGGGUUACUAAUUUUUAAUGUGGCUGAUUCCAGGUAAUGGGUAAGAACAUUAAUUUUUUUUCUCUUGUUAACUAAAAUGAACCCAUUAUCUUAGAGUAUGUGCAGUUACAGAAAACAAAAACGUGUGAAGCUUGUAUAAAGUAUUUUUUAAGAGACAAAGUAAUUUCAUCGUCGACGUCAUUAUAAAUUAUUCUACGAAAUAAAUAUGUUUUGUACAGUAAA